AUGGAGAGAGCAAUAAAAGUCGCGAGAAUAAACGAAAACUUGGACAACGAGAGGCUCAAUGAGCUGCCAGAUGAAUUGAUCUUGAAGAUAUUCUCGUUUCUUCCGAUGUUCAAAGAGACAGUAGCAACAGAACUCAUAUCAAGACAAUGGUCGGAGAAGGAUCCUUGGAAACUGGUGUCGGAUGUCACGCUCGAUGAUGAUGAUCAAACUCUCGUGACUUUUAUGAGUUUUGUUUAUGGAUCUUUGUUGUCUAACGAUGCUCAGAUUCUAGAAAGGUUGCAUCUCAAGCUAAUUACGAGAAAAUUCUCGGUUUAUUCGGAUUCAGACAUCGAUUUUGUGGUUCGAAUCGCGGUUAACCAAGCUUUGAGAAAGCUGAGAAUAUACUUGUUUGGCAAAACCCUAAAUUUUCCGAGUUGCUUGAGUAACUGCACAACCCUAAAAUCAUUGAUACUCAGUGACCUAAAGAUCGAGGUUUUCCCGGCUGGUUUUUGUUUGCCGUCGCUCAAAAGUCUGCACCUUUUCUCCGUUAAGCUCUUGGGAAACGAAUCCGUUGCAAGCCUUUUGCAAAUCUGCCCGGAUCUUGAAUAUUUGGUUAUAAAUGAAACCAGAUAUUACGAUGAUGAUAACGUUGACUUCUGCUUGUCAUCACUUAAAAGCCUGCACCUUUCAUCGGAUACAUUCUUGAAAUUUGGCCAUGAAUCUGAUAGAUACGUCUCGCGUCUUUUACAAAGAUGCCCGGUUCUUGAGUGUUUGGUUGUAAACAGAGCCAAUCGUGACAAUGUGAUGUUAUUCCACAUUGAUGUGCCUACUUUGAGGAGUUUAUCUAUCAAUGAAUCAAGAAGCAGUCGUGACUACGGUUAUGAAGGGUUUGUAAUAAAUGCUCCUGCUUUGGAGGAACUGAACUUUAAGGUUACGUGCAGUAACUUUGUAAUGUUUGAAUAUAUGCCUGAGGUGACCAAAGCGAAUAUCGAGGUUAAGUACUGCGAUCAAUCUGAGAAGUUCAUAGGAUCUCUUACCUCAAUCCACAGUCUUUCUCUCUGUUCUAAAACUUCAAAGACUCCAUAUCCUAGAGGCAAUUUCUUCUUCUUUCUUGAACAUCUAGAGCUAUGUACAUGUUCUAAAGGUUGGACGAAUCUACUUGCUUGUCUACUCAAUGGCGCUCCAAGACUUCAAUCUCUUAAGCUUGAGUCGAAACAUGGUGUCGAUUACAAUGAUCCAAUCAAGAACCACUGGAUCGAACCAAAAGUUGUUCCCGAAUGUUUAUCGAAGCAUCUUGAGAUCUUGGAAUGGAGACAAUAUGAAGGCACAGAGCAAGAUAGGGAAGUGGCUGCGUACAUACUAGCAAACGCAACUUGUCUAAAGAUGGGGACAUUCUCAAUCUCAUCAAAAUGUAAAAACAAAAAAGCAGAGUUAAAGAAAAUGUCCAGAGUUUCCGAGACAUGUCAGUUAGUGUUUGAGUAA